CUUAGCUGGCGCUCAUUCGAAGUAGUCGUUAUUGAAGGCGCGGUGAUCAAAGCAAAGUGGUAGCAGCGAGUACAAGCGAGGCAGUUGACAAACAAAAGAACUGAAAACACCAUGGCGUUUGUUUAUUUAAUGACCUUCGUAAUCGUCCUCGUGAUUUGGAAUUUGUGUUUACAAUACAGUAGAUGCGGCAGAGUGAUGAACAAAAUUCCAGGAUUGCCGCCUCUGCCGUUAAUCGGGAAUUUCCUGUCGUUCGUUGGCCGAAACGAACAAUUUUGGCCGAAAGUAAGCUACCUUUUGAAGAAAUACUACCCAAUAUUUAGGGCCUGGGGUUUCUGGAACGUUGCCGCGUUCAUGUGCCAUCCGGACGAUUUGAAGAUACUUUUAUCGUGUAAAAAAAACAUCACCAAAGCACCUGUCAUUUAUAAUAAUUUGAAAUAUGCCGAUAUCGAUGGCAUAAUUGCAUCUGACGGUGACCGCUGGACGCAUCGCCGAAAAAUACUAAAUUACGCGUUCACGUCGAAUCAUUUGGAAGGUUACUCGGAGAAAAUAAAUAAACACGCUGCCAAGUUCGCCGCUGAGCUUAGGUCGCGAGGAGACGUGUUUGUCAUGAAUAUCGUGCCGAUGCUGCUGAAGCUCGCCUUGGCAGCCGUUUGCGAUGCAGUAAUGGACUUCGAUACGAGCAAUAUACCGGCUGAAAAGGAACGAGAAUUCAGAGACGCGGUGAACGAGCUGUUUGAGAUAUCGCUGUACAGGGCCGUGAGGCCGUUUCUCCCAGACUUUCUUAUGCCGUUUCUACCCAUUGGAAGGCGACUACGGAAGGUUUCCCAAAUUUUAAACGAUUUCCGAUGGACGAUUAUCAAAGAACGACGUAAAUAUUACGAACGGGAAGGAUAUAUUUUUGAAAACGGUGUAGAUAAGGAUGAAAGCGAUACUAAAAAUGGCCUAAAAGGAUUGAAAAAUAAUUUAUCCGUACUUGACCUCCUACUGUUCGCUGAAAAAAAAGGUUUGAUCGAUGAUCAUGGCAUUUCAGAAGAAGUACUCACUAUUGCGGGAGCUGGCUAUGAAACUACAGGCAUGGCGAUGGCUUUUCUACUGACAUUGCUAGCUGAAAGCAAAGAACAGCAGGAUUUAGCCAGAGCAGAAAUCUUUAAAGUUGUGGGCGACGAUGACUGCAUAACGACAAACCAUAUUAAAAAAAUGGUCUACCUCGAGCGGUGCGUGAAAGAAGCUCUUCGAUUGUUUCCAACUGCUCCGCAUAUUGGGAGAACGAUAACUCAUGAUCUAAAACUGAGUAAGCACACGUUGGCAGCUGGGGCAUUAGUUGCCAUGAGCCUCUACGAUCUUCAGAGAGAUGAUCAUUUUUGGCCUGAACCUAAUAAGUUCGAUCCCGACAGAUUCUUACCAGAAAAUGUUAAACAACGACAUCCCUGGGCUUAUCUUCCUUUUAGCGCGGGACCACGCAACUGUAUCGGCCAAAAGUUAGCAAUGAACGAAAUGAAACUUGUGACUGCCCAUAUUUUAUAUAACUUUUAUUUGGAACCAAUAGAUAUUAUUGCUAACUUGAAAUUGGAUAUGCAUUUCACCAUUAAAACUGAGAAAAUCGACCUGAAAUUCAUCAAAAUUAAUCGUGAAUAG